CCUAAAAACAGGCGACAGCAGCAGAAACCAAGUGAGGUAAAAUUACACUGAACUUGUUCACAGAAGACACACCGUCACGUUGCCAAAAUGGAGUGGACCCCAAUGGAGAUCAACCCCGAGGUGGGUAAACUAGUAUAUUUUUCUUUACUCUUAAAUAUUGUCAUAUUUUGAGGAUAACAAAAUCACUUUUGGUGCAUGUUUAUGUCGUUUCAGAUGCUGAACAAGGUGAGUAGAGAGGAGAAAUGGCGACAUGUUGCUAACUGAUUCAACUGUCUGGUAAGUUUGUCAGUUAGCAAGCUAGUUCAGCCGUGACUAUGACCACUGUUAUCUACAUCAACAUGACAUAAAUAUGGCGUCGACAUAAAUGUUAGAGUGAACUGUUGUAUUAAAUAAUAUUAAAUGAAAUUUAAAGAGGGGGGAAUUUAAAUAAGAUGAGCCUUUGUGGGAUUUCACGAGGCGUCAGCAUCCUCCCUAACGCUGCGCCCAGUGUCUAGGCUAAAGGGUGUGGUCGGGCUGGACCAACACAACGCAGCAUCUUUGAACACCCUCAACAAGAGUACUAUGAACAUUACAUACACGUAGCAUCUAUUACCAAAAACUAUAAGACCUUCAUUUAUUUUUUCUUCCAUUGGUUGUAUGUUACAGCUAAUGAGCUCUCUCGGCGUGGGCGAAGGCUGGCGCUUUGUGGAUGUAGUGGGGCUGGAGGGUGAGCAACUCUCCGAUGUCCCGCGACCAUGCUGUGCCUUGAUGCUGCUCUUUCCACUGACACAACAGGUAACAACAAGGGAGGUGGCGGUGGAGUCUACUUCCUGGAGGGAUGAUACAGACUCUCAGGGGUGGGGUGACUCUGAGGUGCAGGGAGGGCAUGUGAUUGGAAGAACAGGGUGAUCUUGUGAUGGUGGCAAGGAGAUGAAUCAGCAGAUGUUUGAAUUGUACUCCCACAAUAAGAUGAUUUAAUACCCCGGUUGAUUCUUGAAAUGAAGCAGCACAUUAAACAGACAAUAUGUGGGUCAAUGACGUAUAAGGUUUUUAAACAUGCCAGUUUUAAAAUAGCAAAAAUAAGAAGAUAUUUUGCAAAAGUUCAAACACUUUGGCCUUAAAAAAUGUCGUGUUGCGACCAUCAUUUAUCUCAAAAUUAUUACAUUUUUUCAACAUAGUUUUUUUUUUACAAAUUGUCAGUAAUAUCAAGUAGAUAGAAACACAGUGUGUGAGUUUUUGUACAUAAUGAUCUCACAUUUUAGCUCUAUAAUGUCACAGUCACUAAAUUAAAUGUAGUUAACUGACUAUUCUUUUCUUUAAAUUGCAUAAUACUGAUAAAAAUGUUUUAAAACUACCUUUCGCUUAAGCAUAUUGUAUCAGGUAUUAAUGUUUCAGUUACAGAAAUGAGAUAUUUUAGUUUGUAAUUAAUACAAUUCAUGUUAUUAUUGGUUGCGCCACAUGAUAUUUUGACACUCUGAAGUUCAGAAAAAUUACAAAUAAGACCUGAUUUUUGAAAAGUUGAAGUGACUACAUGUAUAUCAGAGAUACUACAUAUAGGAAGUAUAUUUUUGUGCAUUUAACCCUUUUUUAGGCGUCAUGUCAUUGACCCAUGUAUGUGUCUUGCAAUUAAUAAUAAGUUACAUUAUGUAUUUUCAACAACAUUAGCUAGAACAUUAUGGACACCUGGGGAAUCUGAUUGCAGCCCAAUACAACAUCUCUGUCAUAAAUUCUACUGUCACAAAGCUUUCACAUGUCCAAUAUUUGUUAAAAUUGUCUGAUAGGUGAUGGUUAUUCUUUACAUUGAUUGUUGAAGUCUUGGCGUCAAUUGUGUUAUAUGGAAUGGUAUUCCUAAAAUUGAUUUUUUUCAUUUUCAUACUUUAUUUCAUUCAGUUAAUAUUUAAAACAUUCAAUACAAACAAGGAAAAUCUCAAACAUGUGAAUGAAAAGGAGCAGAAAGAAGAAAACUCCUCUGGAGUCCGCCCCUCUGUCAUAAUAUAUUAAUCAACUAAACACAUAAUAAAAAUACACAAGAGCUGCAGGCCAACAUGCCUUUUUACAGAUCAAUAUUUCUUAUUUUCAAAAACAAAAGACCACCUUAAUUCACAUUCUUUCACAAAACAAACAUAAUAAGACUUUGAUUAACAUAUUUCCCUGUAUUUACUCAACAUACUGGCUUUGAUGCUUUUUUUGAAGAUAAAAUUUGAUUUACCUUCUUUAGUUUCUUUGUUCAGAUUGUUCCACAAACUUAUUCCUCUCACUGUAACACAAUACUCUUUCAGUUUAGUUCUGAAUCUUGGCUUUUUAAAUAUUUAAAUUCCUUUUAAAUUCUAACAACUUUCUCUCUUUUUUUAAAUCGGCUCUGGAUGUUGACUGGUAAAAUUUUCCUAUGAGCUUUAUACACAAUCUGCAACAUACUGAAUUUCAACAACAAUUUGGUUUGAAGGAUCUCUAUAUUGACUUCUAUACUGAUAAUUCGUAUUGCUCUUUUUUGUCAAAUGAAAAUUGGAAGUUCGGCUUACCUCAUGUCAAUGAAGUGGUCAAAUAACCAGCAACACCUUUCAAUAUAGCGCCCUCAAAGACAUCAUUAUCACCACCCAGUGUGUCUUAAAUAAUAAAUCUGUCGUACAUAUCUGAUCAUGGAAACAAAAACAUAAGAUUAGAAGCAUUCUGAAAGCAGACUGUUGUAUUGGAUUGUCCAGGCGUUUAUAAUGUUAUGGCUGGUUGAAGUAUGUUUGUCAGUAAGAUAGGGUUCCAGUCUAUGUAAAAAAAAAAAUUACAAUAACUUUUCAAAAGUGAUGCAGUGUCAAAAUAGACAGCUGAUUGCUGUUUUUUUCUGUGACCUUAAUUCAUAUACAGAUUCUCUCUGUUUGUGUCUUUCCAUGUGCAGCAUGAGUCGUUCAGAAAGCAGCAGGCGGACAAGAUUGCUGGAGACUCUGAGGCCUAUUUCCUCAAGCAGACAGGAGACAAUUCCUGUGGCACCAUCGCUCUGCUGCACGCUGUGGCCAACAACAAAAGCAAACUUACAUUUGGUCAGUGCAUAUUUCAUAAAUGCUAGUACUUGGGUAGAAUACAUCUACAUGUUCAGUAUUACAAAGGAUUUAUUUGUAAAUCGACAUUAACCAUUUCUUGAAGUAUGAAUUAGUAAGUAGUUACUUUCCAAAGUUUGCUCACCAGCUGUAAGUUUAGCUCAUGAAUUACUUUGAUGGUUUCAGAUUCUGUCUGAUGCAGUGGUUAUGCUAAAACACUCAAAAUAAAGUACUUUUUCAAAACUCAAGUAACUUAAGAUUUUUUUUAUUGCAAAAAAAACAUUUACUAAUGCAGUGUUUUUUUUUUUGUUUUUUUUUUCAGAUAAUGGCUCCAUCCUGAAAAAGUUCCUAGAUGACACUGCAAACAUGUCUGCAGAUGACCGCGCCAAACAUCUGGAGAAGAACCAGGUAAAAGCAACUUUUAUGCUCUAAAAGCUGCUUUAAGUUUCUCAGUCAGUUUGAAAUAAGAGAAUGACAUCAACAGACAGUUUCUUUUCUCAUGUCAGUUGCAUUUCGUCACCCAAAAGCUUAUAAUAAGAAGCAAUAUCUGAGGCAUCAGCUUAAUGACCAACAUGGAUGCUUUGUCUUUUCGCUACCAAACAAGGUUACUGUCUUGUGUAAUUGCAUAUGCUUCAAAAAUCAAAGAACCCUUGCAUCUACUUUGUUUUGAAUUACCCAAAAAUACUCAAUUUAAAAUAUUUUCUUACUCAGAAGUUUCAGUUACUGUUCCAUAACAUUCAUACUAUAUUUUACACACUUGGGGGCGCCAGACACUUGCAAAUCUGAGUCCCCUGUGAGGGCUCUAAAAUAGCUGCUUUAGAGUGGAUUAACUGUUAAAACAGAGUGGCCUGUGAGGAAUGUGUCACCAUGUCUAAAACACUCAAAUCAAUGUUUCACUGUCUCACUUUUAGUUUGUGUGACUCCAAUGAUAGUUCUCUCUCUCUCUCUCUCUCUCUCUCUCUCUCUCUCUCUCUCUCUCUCUCUCUCUCUCUCUCUCUCUGUACUCUCUGUACUCUCUGUACUCUCUGUACUCUCUGUAUCUUAAGAGGAAAAUGAAUUGUAAUGGUUUUCAGGAGCAUCAAACCAUCUCUGAUUUUCUUUCUCUUUAGGCAAUCUGUGAUGCUCACAAUGACGUUGCACAGCAGGGCCAGUGUAGGGUAAGACCACGAACCCUGUUACUAUCUUCUACUAUGACUUAAUUUAUGUACACUGUUAUACUAUGUAAAUGUGGAUUUGAUGAACGUAACAAACACAACUAAAUUAAUUGUUCACUACAACAACUGCAAUAUUCACGAAAUAUUGAAUCUUCAAAUCUUAAUUUUUACAGCCAGAAGCUGACAAGGUCAACUUCCACUUUAUUGCCUUUGUCAAUGUAAAGGGACAGCUGUUUGAAUUUGGUAAGUCUACCAUCUCAUUACAGAGUGUAUUAUGUAGUGAUUUUGCUUCGAUGCUGUGGACUCCUCACUGUCUUUGUUGUUUGAUUUUCAGAUGGGAAAAUGAUUGGACCAGUGAAGCAUGGAGCCACCAAAGAUGACUCAUUUUUAAAGGUAGGUAAAUUCUUCAAUAUUUUGUGUCAGUACUGGAUAUCUGAAUUAUUUCUUGUGAGACUAGUCUCUUUAUGAACUAAAUUUAUGAUGAGUCAUAGUAUUAAACUGGAAUAGGGAGUGGCAGUUCCCGAAGGUCUUGGCACAAUCAAUAAACGUGGCUAAUGUUCGCUAUCAAAUCUCCACCAGCGUGAAUACAAACUGAGGGCGGUGAGGAAGGUUGUUAAAUUCAAAAUAUGUAUCAAUUUUAAAAAACCUUAUCGUCAUCAUGGUUGCAGUUUAAUCAUUGCUGUUCACUGCAGGUCAUGUUACUUGGAUCUGCCUCGUCUCAAAGGGAUUAUUAGCUGAUUUUCAGUCUCAUCUCCAUCUAUCAUGUUUAGUAACUAUCAGAUGGCUACAGCCGUUUAUGUGGUCUCUGCAUCCCUUGAAUGCAGCUGCAAUGUCUGUUAUUUUGGGACCAGCUCCAUUAUUUUGCAUACGUGGUAGUCACCAGCCUCUACCAUAGUUUGUAUUCCAAACCUGCAAAAUGGGGUGAGAUGCAGAUGAUUUGAUACAUAGAUACAACAGUUUUACAGUGCUGAGGCCUCUUGGAUAUAAAGCUGUUAAUCAAACUCAACUAUGCAACCAAUAAGUCCUGUUAGCACACAGGUUUAUGAAGACACAUCAUGCCUGCUGCUGAUUUAAGCUCCCUUGAUCAUUGUCGUACAUUUGUAGAUAUUUACUGCUAUAUAUGACAUAAAAAGAACAACAACAAAACUGAUGGGAAAACUGGUCUCAUGUCAUGUAGCACAGGAAUGUGUGAUCAGUGGGAUGGUAAAAUAUAUGAAUUAACAUAAUUUACGAAGGAUAUAAAUGAUCUUUUUUCUGAAAAGAUAUAAAACUGAAGGUCAUGUUUCAGUUCAACUCAGAACUGUGAUUAUAUCAAAGUACCACUAGAGGGCUCUAUGUGCAUAAGUAACUCUAUUACAACAACAAAGGCGAUGAUCUAAGGAACCUUAUCCUAGUUGUUAUGAUAAAUCUGGAUUGAUUUGAGUAAGUAAGAACAAUGUUUAAAUUUAGGAGAAUCAGUCUAAGUAAAGAAACAUCAUGAAAAGCUUUAAAUUAAGGUUUAAUUCUGAGUGACAUACCCCAGCCCUCCUGGGUAGGAAUAAAAUAUUUGCCAUUAAAUGUUGACAAAUAACCUUAGAUGUGUUGAGUAGUUAAAAGACACGUUUCUUUCUUUAAUUAAUGAAACUCAAGUCAUAGUGCAUUGAAAUAUAAAGAGUAAAAUCACUUUCUUUUUCCCUCCCUCUUCUCCUAUCAAGGAUGCAGCCAAAGUGUGCCGCGGAUUCGUGGAGCGAGAGAAAGGCGAGGUCCGUUUCUCCGCCGUGGCUCUUUGUCAAAGUUAAAUUUUCUGGAGGAGACCAAACCAAAUUGUAAAAACCAAAAUGUCUCGGAGCAUUUACACGGCAAACACAAUCAGUAAGCAACCAUAAUGACCUGUGAGAACACACAUCUGCACACACUAUGCACAAUAAAGCACAUGUUGUUUCCACACACUGUACCCUCAUCUCAUGAACAAAGCAUUCUUUAGCACAUGUACACACAGAAACAAACCCACCAUCAAAGCCUUUUGUUCUGCUGACACUAACUGAUAACAAUGCCUGUCCAAACCUUUUAUGUGACAUCAUUCAGCAGUGAAAUUGUCAACACAAGGUCAGAUCUCACUAUGGCUUGUGUGCAUGUGUGUGUAUCGCAUUCAGCUUUUUUUAUUCCUCAUUUUGGUAUGCAGUCAUUGACGCAUUCGUUCCUUACUAAAAAUGUCGCUUAAAACCUUCUGUGCCAAUAAAUAGGAUCAGAACGAUGAAGAGUAAAGGGCCCCUAAGAAUGCUCUCAGUUGUUGUGCGGUUGAGUUUUUAAGGAUCCAACAUUCCUCAGAACAGCCCAAAUUUAUCUGUGGGAAUAAUUCGACCAUUGUUUGAAACAUGCACGCAACCUUUGGAGUGCUGUUUGCAUCACUUUUUCUCUGUUCCUCUGAAAGAGUGAGGGUUUUUUGAGAAGUUCGCUCUCAAACUUUAACAUGAUGGUGUUAACUAAGCAGAUUUUUCUGACCUUUAUUUUAUGAUUGGCUGUAAGUUCACAAUAGCCAAAUACACUACAAAUUGUCUGAGGUUGAAUGAUAACUCCAAAAUGAGGGACCAUAGAAUUAAAGUGCUACUCUCUACUAGGUUGCCAUUGAGCAGUGCAGGAUAAUUGUACUGUAUGUUUACGCUGUGCACCAAUUGUUUACCUUUCUGCACUUCUAAAUUUGUUGCUGUGGUUCUACUGGUGAUGCAGCUGUGGGAAUUCAAUAAAGCAACCAUUUAACUUGCAAGU